ACCAGAGAUGGAAAUGAAGUGGAAAAAAUACAACUCAAUCAAUGCUGACUGCAGUGCAACACUGAAGACAGACCACGGUCAUUUGCAGCAAUUACAGGAUGAAUGCAGAAUGUUUUUCCAGCUCUGUAGUGCUCAUCAAUAUCAGGUUUAUUUUCCAGAGCCAAAUUUACAUAUCAGCCCAUUUAUACUGUUAAAUGUUGCACUGACUUUCUAAUUUUGUGUAUAGUCAUAAAUGAGGAAACCAAACAUUCCUGACAUAUAUUUAUUAGGUGUAUAGGAGACUCCCACAUAGCGUUGUGUAUGUAUACUAUAGUACUUAGAAAACAGAAUAAGAAUUGUCAGGAGAUUAUGUUACAUGGGGAUGGUGCUCCAUCAUUUGUUAGAUCUUAGAUCCAGAUGGUAGGACGUUAAUGUUCUGUAGCUUCUCUUUAUUUCCUCGAGCCAUUUGUUCACUGGUUUCCGCUGUUAAUGACACAGAGAGAUAAGACAGUUCCCUAUUAUUGUCCCUGUCCAGUAGUAAGGACACUGCCCCGAGUAUAAGAUGCUCAGUAUGCAGAUACCUCCCGCAUGCGGAGCCAUUUGCUUCUGGUCCAAUUAUAAUUUCACUGUGUAAUAAUGCUAGACGUGUCAAAUUAUUCAUCUUUUUCCAUCUGUUCUCAACUUAGGUUGUUGUUCAGGCACAUUCCUCCCCCAAGUGCUAUAGCUAUUAACAUGAAUCUCCUCUCAUAGCCAAAACAAAUUGGUAUCCUAAAAAUAAGCUUUUUCAGGAAGACCUGCCUUAACGGAGACCAUCACACUUUUCCGACUUCUGUGUGAUCAGGGAGUGAACACAACAUCCUAUCAGUCCUGUCUUUCUGAAUUCUCUGUGCAUGUGUGUGUUCAGUGUGCAUGUGUGGACGUACGAAUGGCUGAUUUAUGUAUAUUUUGUAUUUAAAUGUAUAAUAUUAUCAUGUGUUCUACUGCCUAUGAGUUCUUGCCUGCCAAUAUUUGUGAUUCAUGUUUACUGAAAGAAGUCUGUUGAGAUUGGAGGGACUCAUUAAACCCCAAAAAAGGACACUGUACAGAGUGUGUUUGGUUGUUAUUGACAACAUGCAGUUAUAACAAUUGAUCAGUUUUCACGGGAUCUGUUUGUUUGUCUUCCACAGUGCCGCAGCAAUAGAUGUGAUUAGAAUCACUCGGCUUCACUUUAUUGAUCUCAGGUGACUGAAAAAGUCUAUCUGGUCAGAUGAGACUGUCACAGCUGCACCAACAGGAUGAAGAUUAAGUCUCCUGGAGGGUGCCAACACACACAUACACACACACACACUCUAACAGUGACAUGAACAGCGCACUCUAAAAGUCUGUUUCUUUGUGUUUGAUUCACACACUGCACCACCUGCUACGGAAAGAGCUACAGGGUGAAACUUCCCUUCAGAGCUUAUCCGUUCCCAUUUAGAUGAUGGAGUAUUUGACUGCCAAUGUCAAUGCAAUCCAAGAUAAACCUGAGCCGAGGUUGAGAAGUGAGGUGAUGGAUGAGUUGAAUGUGGCAGUAAGAGUGGAGAGCUGGUCAUUAAUGUUAGAUGAGAGUGAGCGAGGGCACUACAGUCCGGGAGACGGCAUCAUUUGCACAACAAGGCAAACGCAAGUCAAAUCGGUGCUGAAUUUACAAACCCCACAAAGUACGAGUGGUACACACAACAGUCUGAUUGCAUCAACAACAGAGAGCGAGAUUAAACGGCUUAAUUUUGUGGGGUGUGAGAUCAGAGUGCUCACAAAGGAAGAUCAGCCACAAACUAAUAAACUCUCACUUUAAGGUGAUUAUUUAAAAUUGCCUGCACUUUGUCUCCCACUGUACCCAGUUAUUGUGAUCGCCCUCUUAAAACACACCCCACCUCCCCACCAACUGAGACUAGACUAGACCAUACCAACUCUGACAGCAUGGGAGGGGGCUCGGCUGCAGCAUCGUGACAACCAUAUCAUUUCAGUCACAUAAAACCAGCUGAAUUAAAGUAUAACCAGCCCCAUGCUUGUUUUGAUUCAAUCAUAAAAUCCCUCCAGGCUCUCCCGCUGUCCUCCAAUGAUGUAUAGGAGGCUUUCCGACUGCUUUCCCCUCCUCGCCUCUCUUCCAUCCAUGAGCCAGUCAGCAGAGCAAGCUGAACAAAGCCAUGGGAGAGAGAGAGAGGAGCUUCUGGGAAGAAAUGUCUCUCACUGACUCUGUCGCCUGGACAACCGGAGCAUGGAGGAGAUGAAAUUGCAGAGCACAAGUUCAGUACAUUACAAGUGGACCCAGUAGGCCUGAACGCUACACCUGUGAUUCUCGUCUAAUCAGCCUCAGGUGCCAGCAUGGAUGUGGAAGAUGAGCCAUUGCUGUUUCAGACCAGCUGGGGAGGGGUGGAAGAUGAGGAGGACGAGGAGCAGGAGGAGGAGGAUGGAGUAGCACAGGCAGCAGCGCAGAGCUGUUUCUCUGGGGAGGCUGGGGUGUGUGGACUGUGGAGGGCAGUGGGGUGGGUGUACACACAGCCCUGGGCCAGUGGAGUGGUUUUAGGGGUAGUUGUCUCACUACCAUGCACACUGUUUGCCUAUAUGCUCCUCUACUGCCCUCCUCUGGACAUAGACCUCUCCUACAGUGCCUUUGAGGUUCACAGUCACUUCUCUGCCGAGCGCUUUGACGCCCUCACCAUUGCUGUAAAGACUCAGCUGGGGUCCUGGGACAGACGUAGACGAGACUUAGAUAACAGUGCGUCUGAGGCCCUGAGGGAGCUUCUGCUGGAGAGGCUGAGCAGACAGGGAGUGUUCAACAGGACAGAUAAUGAGGGCGUGAGGUCCUUCACUCCUCAAAACGAGCCUUUACACGCAGGAGAUGAUCAGAAGAGAGGAGCUGCAGUGAGCAGAGAUAAAAGGACAGCGUUUGAUUUGGGUCAGAAGGAAAUGGGGAAGCACAAGAACUCAAAUCACAGAGCAGAAGAGGAAGCGGAGAGAUCAUGGGAUGGAAACGCCACUCUGCCGCUCAUUAGGAAGCGCAGGUUUGCUCCCAAUUACUACCUGCAGAGCCAGGCUCUGUGGAGGAUUGAGCUGGUGUUUGUGGCUCAAGGGGAGGGCGAUCGCAACAUCUUCACCCCUGAACGCUUGCAGACGAUUCACCAUGUGGAGCAUCUGCUCAUGCAGCAUCCUCAGUUUCAUCAGUUCUGCUGGAAACCUCUUGAGAUGUUGAGGGAUCUGCCACUGGGACCAUCCUACUGCUCCCCACCUAGCUCACUCCUGUCCUACCUGUACCCCAGUGAGAGAGGAGGGAAGAUAUACUAUGAUGGCAUGGGCCCAGAUCUUGCUGAUAUUCAAGGUUCUCUGAGUCUGGCCAUCACCCACCCACAGUUCUACUGGUACGUGGAUGAAAAUCUGUCCCCUGAGCAUCUCUCCUCCUCUCUCUUACGCAGUGAGAUACACUUUGGAGCUCCUCUUCCUUCCUACUACUCCCUGCAGGACCGAGCUCACGAGCAACGACUACGCUUCAAAAACUUUGUGGUUCAGUAUGCAGAGAUUCUGGCUAAGCAAUCUACAAGCCAGGUGAAGGUGCUGUAUGGGGGAACAGAGCUGUUUGAUGAUGAGGUGAGACACACCUUCCGCAAUGACAUGAUGCUGGCUGUCAUCAGUGGAGCCUGCAUCACUGUGCUCGUCUAUGUCCUCACCUCUUUUUCUGUGUUUCUGACCUUCUUUGGACUUGCUUGUAUUGGACUCAGCUGCCUGAUGGCUCUUUUCUUGUACCAUGUUGUCUUUGGCGUGAGGUACCUGGGUAUUCUCAAUGGAGUUGCAGCCUUUGUUAUAAUCGGUAUUGGGGUGGAUGAUGUAUUUGUGUUCAUCAGCACCUUCAGACAGGCCUCCCAUCUGCGACAGCCACAGCAGCGAAUGAUCUACACAAUCAAAACAGCCGGCCGAGCUACUUUCCUCACCUCCUUCACCACUGCAGCUGCGUAUGCUGCUAACACCUUCUCUCAGAUCCCAGCCGUGCAUGACUUCGGCCUAUUCAUGGCCCUCAUUGUCAGCUGCUGCUGGCUUUGGGUAUCCGCCCUGAUGCCCGCCGCCCUGUGUAUCUGGACUGAGUGUGUAGAGCCUCAGGAACACGCCUGGUUGAAUUGCUGGAAGCUGUUUUCGGGGCUGUCAGUGAGCCAUGGCCCUUUGUCAGAUGAGGAUGAUGAUGUGGCACUUCUGUCAGUGGAGAUGGAGCCAGGCUCCUGUGACACAGACGGCGAUGCGGCCAUUCUUUCCCUGUCAGUGGAGACACCUCUGUCCCCUCCAGGGCAGCAGCACGUGGGCGUGGUGAGCACAAAUCUUCGCUGGGCCCUGAAGCACUUAGUGGCAGAGCCAGCUGUGGAGCGCCGAAAAGCCGUUCUAGGUGUCUUCCUCCUGGUUCUGCUUUUAUCUGCUGGCUGCUGCUGUCUCCUGAGGCCAGCCACUCACGCCCCCCUGCUUUUCCGCCGGGACACAAACCUCCAGACUCUGCUGGCUCUGAGGAGCAACCUCAGCGGUCAAGGCAUCUCCUGCCCCAUGUGCUCAGGUGUGUUCAUGGAAAAGCCCCAUCCUUUGUACACCCACUCUUCCUCAUCAGCAUUUAAGUUUUCUACACAUCAGCAGACCACAAGUGUGACAACCUCCACUGCUCUUCGGAGCUCAGUAAAUCCAAACUCAAGCACCAACCAAACAGACUCUUUACUCACAGUCUACAUAUCAAAGUUGGACCUCGGAGCCUCUAUGACCAUUUACCGCUUCUCCCUCAACACCAGCACACCCUCCCCGUGGAAACUGUGUAGCACAGACCAUGAAGAGGUGUCAUCAUUUCAGGCUUAUAAUCAGCCCCGCGGCAAUUACAGCACCAGAAUGACAGUGUGUGUUUCCCAUGUGUACCACCCGUACCCCAGCUGGAUGAUCACAUCCACCUCAUGUGAACCCCGUCAUGGCUGGACGCCAGAGUUUUCCUUUUAUGUAGCGUUGUCCCCGCAGCAGCACAGCAGGAGACUGUACUUUGCCCAGCGUCGCCUGAGACCUCAUCCUAGCCGCCUGUGUGUGAGCUCGCCUGGCUGCAGCAUCAGUUCUGGGCCUGAUGGACCCACACAGGGAUCUUUUUACAUUCCUCUUCCCAGUGAUCCCUCGUCUGCUGCUAAAACAAAACCAUCCAAAACGUUUGGCUUUAACCCGUGCAGUGGCGGUGCAUGCGGCCACCCAGCAGUGCGUCCUCUGGUCGACACCGGGGCGAUGGUUUUUGUUGUGUUUGGCAUCUUGGGAGUCAAUCGAACGGAGCACAGGGACAACCACGUCAUUGGAGAUAUGGGCAGCAUUAUAUUGGACCCAGACUUUGAUGUUUUCCAGGAGAUGGGGCAUCUUUGCAAAAUCUGUAAAGCUAUUAGCGCAAACACACAACUUGUGAAGCCGGGAGGAGCGCAGUGUUUGCCUUCAGGUAAUAAACUGUCUUCUAUUCUUCCUCUGCUCCAUCCUGAGUGUCACUCCCUCCCCGAGCCCAACCUGCUCCCAGGGCAGCUCUCCCACGGAGCAGUAGGAAUGCACGCAGGCAAGGUCCGCUGGCUGUCCAUGGCCUUUGAGUCUACCACAUACAAGGGCAAAUCCUCCUUUCAGACCUAUUCCGACUUCCUUCAGUGGGAGAACUUUAUCCAGGAGCAGCUUGCCACCCUCCCGUCAUCCUCCGCUCUGCAGCGGGGUUUCCAGACCUGCGAGCACUGGAAGCAGAUCUUCAUGGAAAUCAUAGGUGUGGAGAGUGCCCUCUGGAGUCUGCUGCUGUCUCUGGCCAUCUGUGUGGCAGCUGUAUCCGUGUUUACUGCACAUCCUCUGCUGCUGCUCCCCGUACUCAUAACCAUUUUAGGAGUGAUCUGUCUGGUGGUGGCCGUCAUGUAUUGGCUGGGCUGGGAGAUGGGAGCGGUGGAGGCGAUUUCUCUGUCUAUACUUGUGGGAUCUUCAGUGGAUUACUGUCUGCACUUGGUGGAGGGAUACCUGCUGGCUGGGGAGACCAUGCCCUCAACGUCUGGGCAUAACUCGGAGCCUGGGGCCGAGAGGCAGAGGCGGACCCUGGAGGCAGUGAACCAUGUGGGCGUUGCCAUAGUGUCCAGCGCCGUCACCACGGUGAUCUCCACAGUCCCACUCUUCUUCUGCGUCAUUGUGCCUUUCGCCAAGUUUGGCCAGAUAGUGGCCAUUAACACCGCCGUCUCCAUUUUGUUCACUCUAACCGUGACUGUGGCCAUGUUGGCGUGCAUGGCCCCUGCCCGCUUCAGCAGACCCCCCGGCGCUGUGCUGAAGGCCAGCCUGGUCGUAAUGGCGGCUGCAGCCUUGGGAGCCGGACUGUGCUGGGUGGGAGGACAGCUAGGAGCGUUGGCCUGGCAAUCAAUCAGCACGUUGACAGACGCGUACGCCAGCUCACACUGAUGUCAGACAGGGGAGUUCCUCUGUGCGUAAAACUAUGUAAGCACUCUUUUUUCCCUCCAUGUUCAGGAGGAAUAUCAGAUCAAUUAAUGAUCUCAUUUACAGCACAAAGAUGUCAGAUUUAUUCCAUAAUUAUAAGCUUUUUCAUCACAAAAUACAUAUUUUUAACUUGUAUUGAUCAGUUGAUUGUAAGUACUAUAGUGUAAACGACCAUGUGACUCACAGUAGUGGGUUGAGGAGAUGAUUCAGCUGAGGUAUUUCUUUGAUGUGAUAUCACCCUCGGCCCAGAGGUGGAGAUGAUUGCGUAAUCGUUGGGAAACACUGGCUGAGUCACAGUUUUCAUCAGUGUAACUCAUUGAGUUGUGAAGAACCACUGACUGUUCUGUGACCUGCUGUUGUGAACACUGACAGGGCGCCGCGCUCUGACGUCCAUGAAAAUUAUUAGUGUUACCGGUCCACAUGACUCACAGCCAUUUUGUGAAACAUCACUUUUGUUUAAUUAUUCUUGUGUUUUCAGCCUCGUUUGUAACAAAGGUUAUGAUGUCCCGAUGUGGCUGGAUUAAAAGUCGUACUAGUCAAGUUUAUAUGGUGCACAGUUUCGUUAAAUGUAAUGUGUGACGUAAAUGUUUCUGCUCUCACACAUUCUGAACUUCUGAUGCUGCCAGUACACACUUGUUCUGAAGAGUUGUGUGUGCAAGGACUUACCACAGGAAAUCCUCUUUUCUGACCACUUUCACAUGUUUAUAUCUUGGAACUCAAACUGUUUCAGUGUCUCUAUUUUUGUCAUCAGCGCCAACUGAAAGAGACCUCUUGUCAGCUCCUCAGGUGUACCCUCUACAUGUCCUCCACCGCACUUGUAGGCAUUCACUGUAACCAACUCUGCUCCCUCCUCUGCUCUCACACAAUUUAGAGCACCACUCAAACACCCAUCGACGCCAGCUCUGGUCUGCCCCACAGUGAAGGUGAGGGCCAUUUGUCAGACCACAUAACACAAUAAUGGUUAGGGAGAGGGACUCACUCAAUUGCAGCAAGAGCAGUAAAUUUCUUUUUUGUGUGUGUGCGUGUGUGUGUGUGCGUGUUACUUGUGAAUGUCAAAUAAAACAGGUGCAGAAAGC